AUGAACUCUUUUCGCCAAGCCUUGGUGGAUUGCGACUUGCGUAGUGUCCCAUACCAAGGAUAUCCUUUCACUUGGGCUAGAACAUACCCGAGUGGGGAUAUGAUGGAGGAAAGGUUGGACAGGUGUGUGGUUAAUGGGAGAAUUAGUGCAGAUUAUGGUCAUAGUUUGACAUAUCAUUUAGUAGCAUCGGGGUCAGAUCACUAUCCGAUACUUGGUGAAUUAUUGACUGAUGCUCCCAUCGUGGAGGCAAAGAAGAAAAGAAGAUUUCAUUUUGAACAAAUGUGGACACUUGAGAAAGGUUGUGAAGAUAUUAUUCGAGAGGCUUGGGAUUCAACUGACGCUAUGGGAGGUGUGAAGGAGGGAAUUAAGAAUUGUGUAGGGAAACUGGCAAAAUGGAAUAAAUUAACUUUUGGGCAUGUGCAAAAGUAG